UUGCCCACCCCUGAUCUACAGCCUUCCUUUGACCUGGGCAGCAGUGGCACAGGUUCAUGUCCUUGCAGGGCAGCAGUGGCACAGGUCAUGUGCCUUCUCUCAUACUGCCAAGUAGCCCACCUUUGACCCAAGUGGCAGCAGCAAGGGCAUGGUGGUCGUGCACGUCUUCGCAUGCUGCCCUGAUGAGAUCGAAGAUGAACCUCAGAGGUAGUGCCUCUGCAGUUGACCGGCAAUAGUUGAGAGGCAGAUGCCUCCUGCCAUCAGGGUCCAGGCAGCACAAGGGCAGGACUUCAUCUUCACAUGUCACACAAAGGCAACCUAGGUUUGCUCCUCAGAACUCAACAGGAGUUGCAGCAAAUUUUAUUGUAACCUCCCAGGAGAAUUUGUCUGAGAGUAUGGCAUGUGAAACGUUUAAUAGCAGGCUCAACAAUAUAAUGCCCAAAUAGGUUUGGACAGCUAACGUUCUACUAGAUUGAGAUUUCAUUGUUGAGGAUCCUGAGCCCACAAUGCCGUGUGGUAAAAAAGAGAAGGAAACAUUUUACUUGGUGAGCCACCACUAUGUGUAAAAUGUUAUCUUUGGCACAAUGAUUAAGAAUGCAUUAUUCCUAUUUGUGGUAUAACAAAGAAAUAUAAGGCCUGGUGGCCCAAGUGAAUCUGGAGAUAAUUAUCUGUACAUUUCCAAUGUAACUGUAAAACUAAUCUGAAAAGUUAUUAUUAGGCCUGAUCAUUUUGUUCUGGCAUUGUUCGGGUUUGACUUUAAAAUACCUGAAAAUUAUCAGAAAAGCUGAGAAAUGCUUGUACACCUUAUUGGCUUUCCUGAAAAUUUUCAGGUUUUUAAAGCUGAACGUGAAAAAUACAAGCUGCGUUCAGCUGGUUGGGGAAGGGUGGAUGCAUACGGAUAUCAGGAGAACUCCCAAUCUGAGCAGGCUGCCCUGGUGGCCACCUCCCCAUUUGUAAAGGUGGCUCCCAAUUUUGCAAACAGGUGGAGGUUACUUGCAGGGAUUGGAUCUUGAUCUUGGCAGGCAACUUGCUACCUCCCUGCUCCAAAACUGGAGCUGUCUUUGCAAGUGGGGGGUAGGGAGGGAAUUCCUGGCCCUGCAGGCCGUUAGGAACGUUGAAAAAGCUGAAAUCUAUUUGGCUUUUUUGGCUCAAGGCAAAUUUGGCUCUGUCAAAUAGCCUGGGGUUUUGGGGGAAACCCCUCCCUUGCCCCCCCCAAAAAGCUGAAAAAUUAUUUUUAAAGGGUUUUUUUUGUAAUUCAGUUUAACUGAAUUACACUCCCCCAGUUAUUAUUCUAAAAAAUGAAACCUUCAUCUGAUUGUAAAUAGUAAAAUUGCACAAUUCAUGAUUUAAAUCCAGUCUUACUGACUAGCGAUUUAAAUAGAUUUGAUUUAAAGCAAAACUAUCCUGGUUAGUGCCCAAGAACAUGGAAUUACUCUGGGUUGAUUUUGUGUCUAGUAGCAAGUAACACUAGCAGUAAUGCCUAACAGCAAAUUCCUUGAUAGUAAAUGUGCUACGCCAAAUGCUGUGUGUCAGAGCAGAUGGAAAUAGUAGCUGUUACACUGUAUUUUUAUUUUAUGUGAGGCACCUUGUGGAUCUUUCUGUGGUACCUAAUUUUCCCACCAUAAAACAGCUAGCAGCAUCCUGAAAAGACCAGUCUUGAUUUAGGUGCCAAGAGUAAAAUGGCUUUUCCACCAACAAUACAGCUCUGAGCUGCCUCUUCUCCUUCUGCUUUUGGAGGUUAAAUUGCAUGUCAGAACCCAACUGAAGAUCUUCAAUGUUACAAGUAAUUGGAAUCAAUGGUUCAGAUACUAGAACUGCCAGCCUACAGAUCUCCCACUAUUACAGUUGAUCUCCAGAUGAUUAGUUCACCUGGAGAAGAAGACUUCUUUGGAAGGUGGGUUCAGUAUCCUGCUGACGUCCCUCUUCUCCUCAAACCUCUGCCUCACCAGGUUCUACUCCCCAAAUCUCCAGAUGGAACAAGCCGUUUUUCAGAUUAUGGGACUAAGAAUCCAUUUUGUUGUUGACCCUCAGGGUUGGUUCUGUAUGGGCCUGAUUAUCUUUGUCUGGCUUUACAACACAUUCUUCAUUCCAAAAAUUAUCCUCUUUCCACACUAUGAAGAGGGACAUUUAUCAGCAGUGGCAGUACUAUGUUACUACGUAUUUGCAUUGUUCUGUAUGGUUUCAUUACUGAGAGCCUCAGUGGCUGAUCCAGGGAGAUUACCUGAAAGUCCAAAGAUACCAAUUACAGAAAGAGAGUUUUGGGAGUUGUGCAACAAAUGCAAUAUGAUGAGACCAAAACGUUCCCAUCACUGUAGUCGUUGUGGACACUGUGUUCGGAGAAUGGAUCAUCAUUGCCCAUGGAUUAAUAAUUGCGUUGGCGAAGACAACCACUGGCUGUUUUUGCAAUUAUGCUUCUACACACAGAUCCUCAGUUCCUAUACCCUACUACUUGAUUUCUGCCACUGUUACUACCUUGAACCACUUAAAAAAAUGAACUGGGAACACUUUGUAUUUAGACAUGAACUUGCUCUAAUAAGAAUAUCUACCUUCAUGGGUUUAAUAAUGCUAGUUGGAAUUAGUGGACUCUUUUAUACUCAGUUAAGCGGUGUGUUCAAUGACACCACAAGUAUAGAAAAACUGGCAAAUUGUUGUGAAGAAAUAUCAAGACCGCGAAAGCCAUGGCAGCAGACCUUCUCAGAAGUUUUUGGCACUCGCUGGAAGAUCCUGUGGUUUAUUCCUUUCAGGCAAAGACGACCACUGCGAGUUCCCUACCACUUUGCCAAUCAUGUCUAAACAGAUGGAUGGUGGGCACAGAUGGGUCCUCCAUGCUGGAAAUGUGUUGCAGGUUUUGUGAUAAUAGAACUAUGACAGUCCUCAAGUCAAUUAAAAUCUACCCACCAAUCUUAGACAUCACAAUGUGCCCCAGGCUUUAUUUUAAUAAUAAUGAUUUUGAUUCCGUUGUGGGAUUAAUGGACAUUUCUCUGUUUACUUUUAAAGUGUACUUACUUUCAAACAGCUUUUUAGAGAUAUUAUUUUAGUAUUUAAGGUUAAUAACCAACACAUUUGUUGAUAUACAAAUGUUAUGAAAAUUUUGUUUUGAUACUGGAUAAUAAUUUUUGGUAGAAACACUGGCAUUUACACUGUCCGAUAGGUUUGAAAAGUGUCUUGUCCGCCUUGAAUUUUUUAAUUCUUUUUUAAAAUCAAUACUUUCCGGAUUAAUCUGCUAAUUUGGUUUAAAAAUUUCUAUGCCUUCCUUCAUUUAUUGUAGAUGAUAUUAACUGAGCAGCUCAUCACUUGAAAAGGGUGAAAUUUUAAUGGUAUUUUUUUUAAUCAAGGGCAAUUUUUUGUCUUAUGUCCUCAGUUUUAUAAUAUUGUGUUUUUAUUGUUCCUGUGUAAAAAUAGAAACAAUGACAAAAAUCCCAUAAUUUGAGAGGAUAGUCUAUAGUGCUAUAGAAGUUUCUUUUCUUCUAUUUGUAAAUGCAAUAAUUCUACUCUAGUCUUAUGUGGUUUAUGUAUCUUAGAAAUGCAAACUUUAAAACAAUGUGGCAUGAUCCAGCCCAAAGUUAAGCAGUUUGAAAUCCACAGGUUUCAGUGUGAGAGUUUAAAACACCUGUGGAAAGAUGCAAUGUUUACUACCUAGUGAAUACUAAGACCCAUUGAUACAGCCAGACUGAGCCACAAAUUGUUUCCACCAAAAUCAGUGAUACUUGAAAUCUUUGGCUGGAUCAUGCCUAAAGGUUUCACUAAUCACUGUAAUGUGUCUGGCAUAUAAAAUAAUGUGUUGUCUCUAUAAUAA